GGACACUGAACAGUGCCGCUGAAGCUCUGCAGUCAAGCCAGCCAACACUCGGAUCUCCGUGGUCAAAUCAGCAGACACUAAAAGACCAGCUGAUUUUGUGAGCUCAGGGAAAAAAAACAAAAGCUGGAUGGUAAGGGGAAUCGAGUGAUGACGAAGAACAGGAACAUGUGACGGUGUGAGAGUUCAGACGGUGCUGGAAACUUUCAUCAGAGGAUUUGUGAAGCUCAGGAGGAAGGGAGGACGUACAUAAAAGACAACCACACCAACUCACUGUCUCUGAUCAUUUAUUCGUCAGCCAUUACAGAAGGUUAAAUAAUGGACCUGCCUCUGACCCUGCAUGUGCUCCUACUUCUCUGUUUUCUCAACAAUGCUGCUUGGGCAUGUCCGGAUGGGUGUAAAUGUCAAGGAACCAAAAUUGUCUGCAGUGGCCUCUCUGAGUUCCCCACAACUGUACCCUCUUCUACCAAUGCCAUGUACUUCUCCAAUUGCAGUAUCAACUUCCUGAAACCAGAGGACCUGACUGAUUUUUCUAUUUCCCUUAGCUCAUUUCUCAUUAAAGACACUGUUUUGAGGGAAGUGCGCCCUGGUACAUUUGAUAAUACUCCAAACCUAGUUAAUCUAAUCAUUAGUACUACCGAACUGCAUGAUCUCCCUGAGGCCUUGUUCGAAAAUCUUCAGAAGCUCGAGAGUCUGAAUCUGAAGAGCAACAAGCUCUCUGUACUCCACCCUAACUGGUUUUCCACAUUGACAGGGUUGAAAUUCCUUGACCUCAGUAAGAACCUUUACACAUCUGUACCUGUGGAAACAUUUCAUCCUCUUACUGAGCUUCAGUUCCUUUCGCUUUCUGGAAACAAUAUCAGUCAAUUACAGAGAGAGACUUUCAAGGGUCUUUCUAAGCUCAAAACCUUACGGCUUAACAAAAACUUGCUACAGGAACUCCCACUUGGCAGUUUGGAUGACCUUAAAGCCCUGGAGGAACUAUCGCUACAUGACAAUCUAAUUACUCAUUUUCACCAUGACCUGUUCUCAAAGACUUUGAAUCUCCGAAAACUGUUCCUCUCCCACAACAGGCUCACAUCUCUUCCACAAGGGAUCUUCUUAAACCUGCCCCUCCUUUCCCAGAUCUCCCUGUAUGAAAAUCAACUAGAGAGUCUGGGACCAGGAGUGUUUGGGCCCAUGGCCCUAAAGGAGUUGUGGCUGUAUGACAACAAGCUGAGCAGUUUGGAGGAUGACACAUUCAGGAACUUGACUCAGUUGCAUCUCCUGGUAAUCAGUCGCAACCAGAUCAGCUCUGUAUCCAAAAGGGCCUUUGGAGGGUUGGAGCAGCUGGAAGAGGUAUCCCUUCACACCAAUCUGCUCACAACCCUGCAAGCUGGGACUUUCCAAGGUCUUCCCAGUCUGGUAAAUAUUUCCUUGGAGCACAACAACAUCAGCUCCCUCCCUCUGGGUUUUCUCCAGGGCCUGAGCAGCCUGGGACAGAUAGACCUGCGAAAUAACUCCCUUCCCAACCUGCCACAAGAGAGUCUAGAUGCCCUUACUGCAUCAAAUGAAGUUCUCCUGCAGCAGAACCCCUGGAGGUGUGACAAAGAUAUUUUGCCACUUAGAGACUGGAUGUUACAGCACCCAUCUAAGACCAACCAAACUCUUGUGGUCUGUGAAACACCUUCCAGUCUGAACGGUGAGGUAAUUGUUCUGCUGGCAGAUGAGAACUUCCUGCCUUUCAGCUCGACAGAGCAGCCUGUGUUGACCUCAACAGAGAAGAGGAGGAAACCCCACACUCCACCAAUUAGUCGAGGCACUUCCUCACCUGCCGCCAAGACUACCCCCACCUCAGAGCACGCGGAGGUCACGAGCAGUGGACAAGGGGAGAAGGAAACAGUUUCAAAUGAUACUUCGGUCAUUCUCAUCGUCAUCGCAGUAGUGGCCACCGUCAUCAUUAGCACUGUGAUCAUCAGCUGUUUUUGCUGGAAGCGAAACAAGAGAGGCAAGGGAAAUAUAGCCGGCAGAAAUAAGAACUCUGUGCUGGGAAUAAGCAUGUCAAGAGGAGAAAUCAUUGUUCUUUGUCUGUUAUUACUUUUUGAGUCUUCAUUGUCUCAAAACCAACCAUGUGAAAAGGAGACAGACUGCCCCAAAGAAAACCAGGAUGUUUACAGUUCAUCUACGACGGAAAUCCCACGCUUACUGAGAUCAGGUGUGACAGAGGUUUUCUUUGUGGGUAGCCAGUUUAAAACAAUCCCCAAAGCAGCCUUUGUUGAAAACCCACAGCUCGAAAAGGUGGAGUUCAUGAACACCAAUACAACAUCUAUUGAGCCAGGAGCUUUUGAAGGUUUGAUAGACCUCAAGUACAUUGAGAUCUCCAGCACUCCAUUAACGUUGAUCCCAGUGGGAGUCUUUAAAGACCUCAGCAACCUGGAGAGGGUUGUACUAAAGCUAAACAAGCUCCGUAGUCUGCAGAAAGGCUUGUUUGAUGGCCUUGACAAAGUAAAAGAGCUCCUGUUACAUGCCAAUGAGAUUGAAUCAAUUGAAGACGGGACCUUUGAUGGUGUCAGGAACCUUAUAGUGCUUCAUUUAGCUAAAAACAAUCUCACCGCUGUAUCUUCAGACUGGUUCUCACACUUAAACAAGCUGCAGACACUACGGCUUUACGAGAAUCAACUGACCACCAUUCCCGAUGAGAUUUUUCAGAAUUUGCCAAACUUGAAGGAAAUUGGCUUGCAGGGAAACCAAAUAACAGAAUUGUCCCCCAAUCUAUUUCCCCAUAAAGACAAGCUAAGUAAGCUGCUUUUGGAUAGUAACCUUCUGACUGGUUUACCGCAAGGAUUCUUCGUUGGCUUCCCUCAGCUCAAAACACUGACCCUACACAAAAAUAAACUGACCAGUCUACCACCUGUGCUUUUUGGAGAAAUGCCUAAAAUGACAGACUUAAGCCUCAGUCAAAAUAAUCUCAGCACUCUUCCUAAAGAAAUAUUCAGUCCUCUAAAGAAACUCAAGAAGUUAGAUCUGUCUAAAAAUCACUUUGUCACCUUGUUUGCUGAGUACUUUGAAGGCCUUGAGAAGCUAACUGAGCUGAAUCUACUGAACAACAAGAUAAAUGUGUUGGACGCGGAUGUGUUUGAAAAGCUACAAUCACUGAUGACACUCAAGCUGGCUCACAACAACCUCCAGAUGCUUCCUGGUGACAUUUUUGAGCCUUUAACGAAACUGAAAAAACUUUACCUCAAUGACAACCCUUGGCGCUGUGACUGUAAUCUGAUACAUCUUCAUCUCUGGAUGAAGGCAAACUCUGACAAGAUUGUGUCUCCGGUUGUCUGUGAGUAUCCAGACGCUCUAAAAGGACAGGAAAUCAAAUCGUUAACAGAGGAUCAAUUUAUUUGCCCCACCCUUCGCCCCACAACCACAAUUCUCACAACUACAACAACCAUCACCCCCACUACUAAAUUCCCAACCACAGAACUAACCACCACCGUCCUUUCUACCAUAACACCAACAACCAUUAUGCUAACUACAACCACCCCUGUCUCCACCACACCACAGGCCACAACUACAACAAUACCAACUACUGUUCUGCAAACAACCACAACUACUCUAACAACAACCACACUGAAAACAACCACACCCACAACCACUGUAACAACAACCACACCCACAACUACUCUUACAACAUCCACAACUACUUUUACAACAACCACACCCAGAACAACUGCACCAACAACCACUAUGACCACAACUACACCUUCAACAAGUAUACCUUACACAACUUUGCCCACAACCACCACACUCAUGACUACCCAAGCAACCAUUCCCCAAACGACGGCGGCUCCUCCACAAACUACUCCAGUGAUCUUUACCUGUCCUAUGGAGCCGGUCACUCAGGAGCCAUUGCCUUCCUUCACAUAUCAGUAUAGAAACAAAGUUCAGGGGUGCAAAUCUCAGAUGAUGAUCUACACCGCGCUGCUGUUGGUGGAGAUCACCUGCACACUGGUGCUGGCUAAGUUCACGCUGUCUCUUUACUGUCUGCUGCAGGGCAGAGAGAGGAUUUACCAGAGAGUCAAACUCACACGCUUCUCCUACAGGAAAGAGGUCAUCCUAAGGCCUCUAAAAGAGGCAGAGACUGAAAGACUUUAAACAACAACAGCACUUUAGCCAUUUGAUCUUCCAAAGCAUCCCUAGGUAAGAUGUUAAACCCCCCUAUUUGCUUGUAUAAAAGCUAACAUGUAAUAUUAGCAGCUAUAAUCAAUAUUCUUUUGUUAACAAUGUCUAUUUCUCUAUUUGCAGCUAUUCUCAGCAUUAUGGAGCUUUAUAGUGUGUUUCACUCAUUGUUUAGCUGUCCAACAGGAUUAAAUACAUACAUACAAGAUCUGAAAUUGUAAACGUCAAAGGAGCUAUACAUGAACUAAAACUGUGCUUUAACCUGCAUUAACUGAUUUUCUAGCUAACUGGAGGCAGUACAAAUGAGCUGUGAGCACAUUGACAUAUUAUCACCUUAAGGUAUGACAUUGAUGCAAACUUGUCAGCAAACAAUUGUCUAUUUACACAUCCUGCAGAUACAGAGGUAGAAUGUUAUUUAUUUGGAGAUUGUGUUUCUUGCUACAUGAUGAAUAUAAGGCCAAUAUUUA